AUGGACUCCGAACAGGAUAAGGACGUAGUUAGGGUAUUUUCACAUCGGUUUAAUAUAUUGUCGCAUCGGGUUACUAAAAAGGAUGAUGUCCCCUUGAAAGAGGCAAUGAUGGAAGAAGCGAAGGCUCAAAUUUGUAGGGCCAAAGGAUUAGUGUACAUUGAUGUGAAGAUCAACAGGAAGCCAAUCAGGGCUAUGAUGGAUACUGGAUUGGAAUUUCUUGGGGAUACCAAGACAACAGUGUUACCAUGUUUCGAUUUGUUGAUGAUGAUGGGUAAUAAGCUGUGUGUCAUCCCUACACAAGUUGGGAGGAUGGGUGAGAAGAGUAUCUCAGCUAUGAAAUUUAGUAAGGGUUUCAAGAGAAAUAAACAUUUUUUGUGCACUCUUCGAUUAGAGGAGAUCGAAGAGGUGACUGAAAAAGUCGAUGGUUCUCUUAGAAUGUGUUGUGAUUAUCAAGCCUUGAAUAAGAUCACUGUAAAGAAUAGCUAUCCUAUCCCACUGGUUGUAGAUUGCUUCGAUCGACUGAGUCGGGCAAAGUAUUACACAAAAAUUGAUCUUACGUUUGGAUACUGGCAAGUUCAGAUCAAGGAGAGAGAUGAAGCAAAAACUACAGUGGUAACCAGCUCAACUCUUCUUCAAUUGUUCAAACUUCUUGGUUCAACUUUGAGCAUGAGUUCUAGUUUUCGCCCACAAUCUGACGGAUAG